AUGCAUAAGCUCUGCCUUCUACUCGCAGUCCCCGGCACCUUUUUCGGUGAAAGUGCCGAAUCGAUCGCCAGCGGCAACCCGGUAACUGCUUCACGCAGUGACGACACGACAUCCAACUCGCCGAUUCGUUUGCAGUCCCAGGGCUCGCCUGUGGGCAUGACCGCGUCGACUACUCAUCGCAGUGUGGGGUCGAAAGACUGGAUAGCUCCUUCAUCAAACCACAAAGGAGAGCGCACAGAGGAGCGAGCGAUGGGAAUGGAUGCGCUGGUUAAGCUUUAUAAUUACGUCAACGACCUGAAGCUCAAUCAGGACACACCGGAGGUCAGUCCUAAGGUGCUCGACGCCUGGUUGAGGUAUGCUUUCUUGUAUGAUGAACGUAUUGGGAGUAUCUCCGCUGACCGAAUUUACGAGUCGUUCAAGGGCAGACGUUCGGACGCUGAAGUGUUCAAGCAGCUUAUCUCGAUCUACAACAUCGACAGCGACGACUCCAAGCAUAACGUAAUCUCGAUGUUCAACAAACUAGCUGAAAGCGUCUCAUCCGCGCCGGGCGUUGCGGCUUUAAAUUGGAUGGCGAACGAGUUGAAGGCGUUAAAGUUGCCUCCCGUGGAAGUAGCCGACAUGCUGGGUUUGCAAGGUGUUGUGCUCUGUGUGUUGCACCAUUCUGCAGCUGCGUGGAUUCGCUUCGUUGAUCUCUUGCAUGAAGAGAAUUCGGACCUUGCCAUUCCCGUGAAAGAGGCGUGGUCAAUGUUGAUCGGCGAUAUGGACAUGGAGCAGAAGCAUCGAUUUCUUCUCCUGGUCUGGCCUGACCUUCCGGCCAGUCUAAACGCUAGAGUGCGACAAGCAGGAUCGAUGUGGGACUGGUGA